AUGAACCUGACCGCUCUCCCUGUUGAGAUCCUCAUUCUCAUUCUCGACCCUCUUGGAAUCCACGAGCUCGCUGCUCUCUGCCUCACCAGCCGUGCCCUCCACUCCCUCGUCACAGAAUACGGCUGGUCGCUCUACCUGCACAACCACCCGCGCCCUGCCCCGAGCCUCACCGCCGCCCGUGCCCACUGGUGCCCACACACCCGCGUCCGCUUCGACGCCCUCACAGACGCCGCCUGGUCCGCCGCCCUCGCACAAGCCCCUGCCCUCGCCUCCUUCAUCGCCCGCCCCCUCUCCCGCACCUGGGCCGGAAAACUCCAGCCCGUCCUCGCACUCAGCCCUGCCCGCCUCGUCGUCGCUGCCGGCAGCACUCUCUACUCGUACGCCUUUGGCGCAAGUGGAACUGGGGAAUCCGCCGCGCCGCGCGUGUACGCCGAGGGCGCGGUGUCGCUUUUGAAAACCCCUGAGCGGCCGCGGAAUAUCACCGCGAUCACAUUCGUCGAGGACGGUGCGCAGGACAGGACGCUCGACGUCGCUUUCCAAGACGGCUCUGUCGAACGCGUCUACCUCACCCCCACCUCAGACGACUCUGGCUCCAGUCUCUCCUUUACCCGCUACACACUCCCGCCGAUCCCUCACUCCGAUUUCAUCGAGAGCUUCUCUGCACACUCCACCACCCAGCUCUCCCUCUCCGCCAACGGCACCGCAUCCCUCCACUCAACCACCUCCCCCUCCCCCUCCUCCCCCACCUCCUCCAUCUCCCUCGCCACCCGAAGCUGGACCGCCCUGCUCUCCCUAACCUCCUCAACACCCUACACCGCCUUCGGCUCCUCCUCGCGCACACCACUAGCCGUGCACGCCCUCAGCUCAACCGGCGCCCUCCUCCCGCGCCCGCUCGCCCUGCUGCAUACCGCCCGCACCGCCGACCUCCCUGCCGACCGCCUGCCAAGCAGCGCCGUCUACGGCCUCGCCCGCGGUCCCAUCGGCGCACCAUGGGGCGCGUCCCCCAUGGUCCUCGCAGCAGGAUGGUACGACGGGAAAGUCCGCGUAUACGAUCUCCGCGCCGCGGAUCGCUGUUCCCCAUUCCCCUUCUCUUCCUCCCCUUCUUCUCCUUUAUCCACGUCAAGAACACCCACACCCACCCCUCCCCCCGCGCCCCUCCGCCCAAUGCUCACCCUCGCUGACCGCUGGUCCCCCGAGCCCAUCUACGCACUCGCAUGCGGCGGAGGCGGCGGCGCGGCCCAUAUCGCAGCUGGCACCGCGCGCCACAGCGUCGUCGCGUUCUGGGACGCGCGCGCCGCGUCCGUGCCUGUGUCUUAUCUCGACGCCAGCUCCGGUGCUGGGUCUUCGUCUUUCGAUGUACAUGCAAAUGCUACUGCUGUUGGAACGAGUGGCGUAAAUGUAAAUGGGACGGAUAAAAGUGCUGCACAAGGACAACCGCAACCUCAAAUGCCAGGUCGAGGAUGGAGCGUGCACGCACCAGGCAACGACGCGUCGCCCGUGUACGCGCUCGCCCUCGAGAGCGCGCGCGUGUGGGGUGUGACGCAGAGUCGGCCGUUUGUGUAUGAUUUCGUGAGUCGUUUGUUUCUUGGCUGGACGGCCUAA